AUGGCCCAUAAAGCGAAAAAAGAAGCGGCCAGGGCCGCGAGCGAGAUGAGGGCUACUGGAGGUGGCAAAGUGGGUGGCGUCGACGGCCGCGUCCUCGACGUCCUUAUGAGGACAGGAGGGGCCCUUGUUUCCCUCCCCCCUCCCCAGUUCUUCACCGAUAGCGAGGUGCUGCGGCCUACCCCCAGGUAUCUCAGCCUACCCCCAGGUGCCGCGGCCUACCCUCCAUGUGUCACAGCCAACUCCCCAGGUGCCGCAGCCAACUCCCCAGGUACCGCAGUCAACUCCCCAGGUGCCGCAGCCAACCCGGCAGGGGCCGAAGCCAACCCCGCAGGUGCCACAGCCAACACCCCAGGUGCCGCACCCAACCCCGCAGGUGCCACAGCCAACACCCCAGGUGCCGCAGCCUACCCCUCAGGUGCCGCAGCCUACCCCUCGAGAGCCACGGGCACCCCCGUAGACAUCCCAGGCAGCAGGAACUCGAUGGUGCCGUCCACCACGAGGCCCAUGCAGAUCCUGCGGCAGCACCACGAGGCCCACAUGGAGAGCCUGCGGCACCUUAGGGAGGAGGUGGCGGGAAUGUGGGAAGUGCAGUCGCAGCGCCUCGAAGUGGCGCGUCGGUCAUGCGAGACCAACGAGCGCCUGCUACCGCUGCUGCUGGCUGCACUGGGGCAUGGUGGCAGCGAAGCCCCUCCCCCCUCUAAGGCCCCACAUAAUUAA